CAGCUACAGCAAUAACCAAGACGUUAAAAAUAGUAUAGCUUGUAUUUGGUGACUUAACAGGCAUUGCGUCAGUGUAAAGAAUGAAUUUCAGUUUUGUUUUAAAGUCUGUAAUUGUGGAUUAUGAAAUAAGAGGCUAAAAACAAGCAGGAAAGUAUAGAACUUUGACAACGAAGACAAUACAAAUGAUUUAUAAAGAACUUCCCGGAUAUUGGAUAAAAAUAUAUUAUUUUAGAAGGAGGAGAGCAUCACACAACCUUUAUCGGAACGGAAAACUGUCCAUAAAUACUAAAUCAUGGAAUUGUACGACUACACCAUCUACGGACUACGCAAUUUCUACCGAACCUACAAAUCAUCGAAAUACCAGCAAGAACUCUACUAUUACUUACUAUACAUUACUAUUAGCCUUACAGUGCUGUUGCCCAACCUACUCCUCGUCGUUGUACUGCUUCGAAAGAUAAAGAAGGGAGACACUAGACCCUUAGAUAAACUGUUAUUGAACAUCUGCAUCAGUAGUUCUCUCUGGGGUAUAUUCGGACACUUGGUGUUUGCUCAUCUCUAUUACUUCCGGUGGAACAUCGGAGUUGCUUUCUGUAAGGUUUAUUACACUGUACUGGUCGGCUUUGAUAUCGCAUUUCAGUUUCAUAUGUUUGCGAUCAGCAUCGACCGAGUUCUUCAGGCGACCAAUCCAUACCGUUAUUUACAAAGAGUGAAUAACUUUGGUUCUAGUCUUCUGCUAUACAUACCAUGGUUAGGAACAGUUAUCACCGUGAUGCCCAUAUAUUUCCUUGGUUUUUACAACAACUCCAGUCAAAUAUAUUACGAAUGUGACUUCACCCUUAAUCAAGAGACAAAUUUAGGUUUCCAGUGGCUUACUUUUGUGUUGAGCUUAAUGACAACCACCAGUACGACGAUUGUGAUCGUCUGCUUACUCCAAUCCCGCGGUUUAAUGUCGUAUCGUCUGCUUACGAACGCCGACCGUCAGCUGAUUCGUAGCUCAUUAAUUGCAGGUAUAAUUACAAACUGCAUAUUUGCAUCAACUGUAUUUAUUCUCAAAUGCUUUCAUUUGCAUCUGAUGAGGACUUCAGUUGAAAACAAGAGUAAUUUACUAUGGGCGAUUAUAGAAAUAUUUUCCUAUUUGUCUUUAUGCAGCGCCGGAAUAAUUCCAACAUUUUGGUUUAUCGAUCGUGAUAUUAGGAAUGCAAUUACAAAACAAAUCAAUGAAAUGGUUCUGAAAAUAACGAGAGGUAGUGAAAAAUCAGAAACACAAAAGACCAUUCCUAUAGACUUCAGUGACAACUGAAGGGAAAGUAAAAAAAAAAAAAAGCAUUAUUUAAGGGAAGCUUUUUUAAAGGUACAGUAAACAGUUAUACUU